CUGACCAGCACGGUGAACCCAAAAAUCAGAGAAGCAAAGAGUCAAGAGAAAUAAGAAUUGAAACACAGUUGUGGCUGUGAGGAGUUUUAUCACUCUUCUUUUUUUUGCCAUUCCAAUCCAUUUCACACCACUGAAGAAGAUGGUACAAAACAUCCCUCCAACCUGAAAUUUCAGAUGGAGGAGCUGGUCUGGAAGCAAUGAACUGCAGUAGGAUGUGUCUUCCUUGGUCACAGGUGCUCAUAAUGCUGAAUGAACCUGAGAUGCGCACCUCUGGCUCAGCAGGUUGCAAGGGGGCAUGGAGCAGAUAUAAUAGCAAUUGGAUUUCUUGUUGUGAAAAGACCAUGAAAAAAGUCCCAACUGGCAACAAAACAUCCAAUCGUGGAACGAGGCACGAGACACAAGAAUCUGAGCCUCUGGGUAUCUCUAGCGAAUAUGUUAUGUUUUCACAUUACAGACACGGUGUUCCACACACAGCAGCAAAUGCGCCGAACACAGCUGCGAGGCAAGGAAUGAACAGAACUCCGCCCGGCAGGUGUACUGUACAAAUGCACAUGCACAGGUCCACAGUCUUCAAUACAGCGGGUAAAGAUGCUGCCGGGCACAGGCAGUUGGCCACAGGGAGAAGUGAAGAUCGGAAAAGUGGCCAGGCUGUGUGCAAGCAAGAGUGUCUACGCUACACCGGGCUUUUCAAUUUCAACACUGCAUGCCUAAGCAAGGCGCCGUCCCAGCAGCACCGAAUCAGACCGAGAAAAACACCACGGCAACUCCAAAAAGAAAACCAGUCGGCCACAAUCAUUCAGUCCGCCUGGCGGGGUUAUCAGGUCCGAAGGGAGAUGGAUGGGAUGAAUAAAGCGGCUGCCAAAAUCCAAGCUGUGUUUCGAGGCUACAGGACGCGACAGGAGCUGCCUCUGGGAUUUCACACCUGUGGCAAGGAUGAAGGGCUACAAUUGAAAAAGAAAAGGAAAGCAGAAAGCCAGAAGAAGCUAUUCCCAGUCAUUCUGGGGUUCUAUCAGCUGUGGGAUUGGGACUCGGAUACAUCGGGCAGCCUCUCACAAAGUGACAGCGAAAGAAGCCAGCACGAGACUUCCGAAAGAGAAGGCACCUUGUUUAUCCCCACAGCGGUCUUCCCGAAAGUAGAGUCUUCACUCAAGACCAAGAGGAAAGAUUUUGUGUUCCCUAGUGGCUUGCCUACCCUGAAUGUCUUCGAAAGCAAGACACAGCAGCGAGGGAUGGGUUCGGCCGCAAUGCAAAUCCAAGCUGCGUGGAGGGGGUAUCAAGCCAGAAAGCAGCUGAGGGAAAUGAAAAGGCAAGCUCAGAUCAAGGCAGAGGAGAGCCAAUGGUUUUCUGAUGGCUUUAAAAACAGUCCUGAGAGCUGUGAGACACCAGGGCCAUCUGCUGUUUCAGAAAUUCAGUCUUCGGCUCCCAAGCAAAAAGACCCAGUGCGGGAACCUGAACAAGACUCCUCCGUAAAGGAGGAACCUAGUAAGGAAAGCAAAGGAACUAAUACAGAAGGUAGUGUGCCAUCUAUUAGAAAUAUUAACAUAUGCACCCUUGUGAAGGGGGUGCCAGCUGCUAGCAGACCCCCCAUCUCCAUACGCGUGUCCAGUCCUAAUGCCAUCGUGCAGGGAUACCACCGAGACAUGAGCAGAGGGACACGGGGGCUUUACACAGUCAAAAAUCACAGUGAUCCCAGGCCUUCUCAAAUCAUUGUGCAAAUAAACAUGGUGGAGAAGGAAAGUAAUCCAAGAACUCUUCCUUAGUAAUGGUAAAGAGAAAUAAAAGCUGGUACUUGA